UAAAUAUUUUCAGUGGAUCGAAAAUCUCACAGGUAGAAAUACGUGGCUGACAAUCUACCUGUAUUGGGCCAAGGAAAUGCCUAACUGUUGUCAUACGGUGUGGUUUCUACCUGGAUUAUACAUGAGAGGAAAACUAUGUGUGCAGGUGAUAGCACACUGAGGGGAAUUUGAAAGGUGUGUUAUACAGAACAUGUGUUGUACAGUUGGGGUGGACGACAUGUUACCUGUGUCCCUUUCGCAUCCGUAACAGUAGUGUCUUGUAGGAGAGACUCGCCUGUGUUUUCUGGGUAGAAGAUUCGAUGACAAACUCAGUAGUCCAGAAGUUUUAAUCUUACCUGUGUAAAUGAUUACAUUAAGGAAUAUUCACCAAAAUAUGUGUUUCUGUCAGAUAUCUAUCUAAAAGUAUUGUCUGUGCAGAGGAUUUGACACGGAGGUGCCUGUUGGAUUUAUGUGGACAGUAACACCAUUUGUACCUCAAGGUAUCUUGUGUAUAACAGAUUAUAAUGAGGAAUAUUCGCCUGGCCUGAUGUGUCCAGUCAGAUCCAUAUCUUAAAAGAAGUUUUCUUUGUAAAGGAUUACUCGCGGCCUGUCCCUCCAGUAAACUGGACAGGUAUUGAAUUGGAAUGUAUAACGUGUCUUCUCUAUAAAUCAGAUAUGUUUGUGAGCAGUAUAGAACUCUGUGAUCAUUACUCAUUGUGUUUUCUAUGUAAGGGAUUACAGUGAACUUCUGACAACUCCUCGGCUUGUCACAGACAUACAGUAGACAGUGUUUAGUUGGAAUAUAUCAGUAACACCCUGGGAUUUAGCUGCUCCCUUUGUGAAGGAUGUGAAGUAGAAAGGAGAUGUCUGGGCCAGCCACCCAUUCUGCCUACCCCACGGUGUCUCUGGUAGACAAGCUACGACUGGCUGCCUGCAAUGGUCAGGUGGACAAAGUGCAGGAGCUCAUCCAAUUGGGGGCCACGUUUCAUCCAGACAAGGAGGGUCGUACACCACUACACUUUGCUGCAGUCAAAGGUUUUGAUGAGGUGUGUAAGUUCCUGGUGAGUCACGGCUGCCCUUUGGAUGAGCAGGACUCGAUGGGGUACACAGCCAUUCACAGGGCUGCCUCCCAAGGUCACAUGGAGGUCAUACGUCACUUACUGGAGGAAGGAGGAUCAGCAGACAGACAGGACGAGCAUGGAAACACAGCUCUACAUGAAGCCGCAUGGAACGGUUACAGUUCGGCCAUUGAGCUACUCAUCAAGCACAACUGUAAUGUUGUCGUUACUAACAAGGCGGGCUUCACUUCCCUACACCUUGCAGCACAGAAUGGACAUAACCAAAGUACACGUGUCCUCUUGUACGGGGGCUGUAACCCAGACCUCAAAAACAAUUAUGGCGAUUCCUCAAUCCACACCGCGGCCCGAUAUGGACAUGCUGGUGUGACACGUAUCCUCAUUAGUGCUAGGUGUUGUUUAAACUUACAAAACAAGAAUGGUGACACAGCUUUACAUAUUGCAGCUGCUCUGAAGCGACGGAAGAUUGCAAAGCUGCUGGUGGAGGCUGGGAUAGAUCUAUAUAUAAAAAACAAGCAAACAGAGACUGCCACAGAUGUUGCUAGGCGGAAGGAACACCCAGAGAUCAUCCUCAUCAUCACAUCUUUCUCAAGGUCCAAGACUCCCAAAAGUCAAAAGGAGGUGAACUUUAAGGACAUGCCAGUCAAUGUUAUGGACGGGCCAGUGGUGGUGCCAGACGAGGACGCACCAAUCAAAACGGACAAAUCUUCUAAGGAGAAAUCAAAGUUCUUCUUCUUCAAGAAAAAGAAGAAGGAUAAAGACAAAAUGGAUGAUGGGAAGACUGGGACCCGUCAAGGUCAACAGAUGACACAGGCCGAAAAAGACAAGGUUCAGGGGUUCUUUAGCCAGUAUAUCCCCCGCCCUGGCAGUCAGUAUUACAGGGAUCUAGCCGGCAACAUUAAACAGGGUCCAAUAGGUUACACGCCCCUAUGUCAGUGUGGACCAGCCUUACACAAGCUGGAGCAACAUGUGAACACGAACAGUGACAAUAUCUACGAACACAUUGAUGCCUCUAACCAGGUGCUACAUCAGCGCCUUGAACAGCUCGACAAACGCACCGCCCAACAAGUGUUUGCCAUAGACAAACUCACCAAAGAGAGGCUGACACGUGAAGAGAAAAACUGCAAUGGUAGAAUUUCGCAACAACUGCAGCAGGAGAGAAAGUUCAUGCUGCAGAAGUACACAGAACAGACGCGCAUGGAAGUGGAAGAUUGGCUAGAGGCCAAACUCUCCUCGUACGGACAUUGUCUGAAUCAUCACCAUGACGAUUCUGCUCUUCCCAGCAAAAGCUUUUUCACAGACGUUCAUGAAAAUGAAAAUGGACGAUUGUUUCGAUCUCGUUCAGAUGAGACUCUGUCUCAGUCAGAUUACAGUGUUAAACAUAAGAAACGUCAGUUUUACGAAUCGCGGCAAGCAGCCAUGCAACAGCUGCGGGAGUGGCAGGAUGAUGUUAAAGAAGGAAAGGCAAGACAUAAUGAGAGAGUUGCUCGGGAAAACAACCUGGGCAAAGGUCAGAUAUACUCAAGUCAAGGUCAUGUGCAAGUUGGUCAAAUUCAAGUACAUUCAGCUCCCCAAGGGGACAGUUCUCGUGAGGAGAAUGUGCGUGGAUCUAGAGUUACUUUCAAUCUCCUUUCUCCAAGUACAGCGUCCACAAGUCGGACACCAUUUGUUCAAAGUCCAGCUGACUCCAAUGAUAUUAAAAUGUUUGGCAGUCAAGGUGCUAUUCCUAAACGAAUCCCCCACUCACAGACAUGGCAUAAUUCAGAACAAUUUCGCAAUUCUCCUGUGAAGCGAGAAUCAAGUCCUCUCACACACAGUACUCCUAAAUCCUAUGAUUCUAGUCCAUAUGAAAUGGUAGGUGGUGUAAAAAGGGGGGCUAUGGUCAGAAGUCAGACCACUGACCCUGACGGUUUCCAACGGUCAAGUCAGAGGUACAAUCAACACCAUCAUGUUGAUCCGUCAUAUCAGCGGUCAAGCCAAAGGGAAUCUUCUUCAACUUCAAGACCAAAUCAAACUGAUUCGUCAGACGGAUUUCACAGAACUAGACAGAGACAGAGUUUUCCCGAAAGGGGGUCCUCAAACACAAGCACAGGAAAUAAUCCGAUCUCAACUUCCUCCGGUGCUGGACAGGAUCCCCUGGGGAGCCAGCAGUCCAGCAUCGGCAUCGGCAAGGGGAAUAUUUCCAAACCCACCUUCUCAACAUUUGGGUAUCCUGAAAUGGAUACCAAGACUGAAACCAGAUCGUCCAGUGUGGUUGAUAAUAUGGUGGGACCUAGUGCUAAUUCAGGUAGUGAUGAGCCACAACAGCCAGGCUCUCGUGCGAAGGACAAGGGAAUGUGUGGGUCAGGGGUGAAGGAAAUCAAUCCUUAUGGUUCAGUUUCGGUUGUACCAGACAGUGUUUAUGGUCAUUCACGAACAAAUCCUUCGCUUCGACAAGUUCCAAAACCACCAGAAAAACCUGACUUUCUUCGAAAGGAAAAUAUGUGCAAGGAGAGGGAUAUGUAUGGCUAUUUUGUGAAAAAUAAAGAUGAUAUGUAUAUGUCUAUGCAACCAAAAGUAUCUCCAUUGAGGCAAAGGACCCGAUCUUCUGAUGAACUUCUUUUGGAAGAGAAUGAAAUAACGUCUGCCCAUGAAAUGGCAAAGAGGGGAGGAAGUGCAGACAGGACAACAGUGGGCCAAAGGUCAAUGAACCCUACACCCCAUAACGUUGAUGGAAGAUCAUCUAGUGCUCAAAAUACAAACUAUGUGUCAAAUAGUCAAGGUCACUCAACCCAAGGUCAAAGUGACCAAGGUCAAGGUCAGUGGUCAUUUUACGUGGGGAGAGGACAGGGUAAAACUGGUCACCAAACACCUGUCGGUCAGCAGGAUGGUCCUGUUCCAGCCAGUUAUGGUCAGUAUUCUAGCCGUGUGCUACGGACUCCAGAAAGUCAUUAUGUCAGUAUGAAUGAUGACCAUUAUAGAAUGACACCUAUUGGGGAGAAAAACAGGAUAAACAGUGGCCGAACACCUAUGGAAAAUCCUUAUGUGUCAGGAAAGGAAAUAGCAAAGUACCGGCGUGGGGACACAAGUCCUGCACCGUAUCACAGUACAUACAAUAUGAACAGGGUCGGACAUAAUGAUGAUUAUGAUCUAAUAGAAAAUGUGGACAAAUCGAAAAGUAAGUCGGAGUCUAACUUAUUAGACAGGACCUCUGGGUCUAGUAAUUGUGGAAACUCUCCGCGUGGCGAUUUCCUUGUUUGUAGGACACCUGUCAGUGGUGGGGAGGAGGCUGACAAGGACCACAUAAGGAACGUUUCCAACUAUCCUAACGCCUACUGCAAGGAGGACUCCAGUAGUAACCCUGACAGUGGAUACAGCAGCAAAAUAUUUGGCAAUCGACUCCGUCCAGGAAAUGUCCCUAGCAACAGCGGGUCUCCCUCAUUCAACAGCGGUACGCCAUCAUCAUCGUUCAGCACAGAUCACAGCAUCUCCACACCUGGUCAUAGCCACUCAAACUCUCCAUACAUACCAGCCAACCAUGCAGACUACCAACAGAUACCAGGCUCCCAGGACCAACAUAGGGAGGCUAUUGAAUCACAAGUUCAAAACUGGUAUCAAAAGAAAUUAAUUGAGGCUGCAGAUAAAAUUAAAGAUCCAUCCUGUGGACCAUCACCACCAAUACCUUACCCUGGUCAGGCUCCCAACAGGAACCUGUACACCUCUCAUCAACAGUUGGGACAGACGUCACAAACCCAUCCUCACUACGGCAGCCAACCACAAUACAGCAAUAAGUCAUACUACCGCGGCAACUCUGCUUACGGAAAUCGCCAACAAAUAGCUAGCUAUGUACAAGGCAGUGAUGUGUGAGUGAUGGUAUGAUAGGUAGUUGUUUGUAAGGCAAUGUGGUGUGAUUGGUCAGUAUUUGUAAGGCAAUGUGUGAUUGGUCUAUGAUGAUGUUUGCAGCAAGGAUAUGUGUAAUUGGUCAAUGUGUGCAAGGAUACUAUCUGUUGGGUAUUAUAAAAGUUACGCAAAACUUUCCAGAAUGAGAAUCUCAUUGAAUAUUCAGAUUGAGUUACUGUGUUAUCACCUAGCUAUCUGUAUUGUGAUAUCGUGCAUAUCUGUGAAUGAAGGACAGAGGAAAAGGAAACGUGAAAAUUGUUCAUGUACAGAACCUACUUAGGUAAUUAAGUAAUUUUGAUCAUUAUUUAUAUAAUAAUCUAGUAUUACUUGUACCUGGUAUAAUUUUUACAGAUAUUUAAACGGCACACCUUGAGUGGCUCUGUUAGUCUUCACACCUGUUCACAGCAUAAUUACCAUAUUUGAUUGACAGGUAUACCCAGACAAAAACUAAUAGACACCUGUACUAUACUUCAGUAUUUGUUGGAUUUCUUGUCUCAAAAAUGACAUUUAUUAUAAAUUGUUGAUCUGUUUUCAGCAAUGGUUCAAGUACAAGUCAAAAUAAUCAAAUUUAACUGCCUCUUAAGAGAGAAAGGAAAUACAGAGUUUUCGGUUGUGAGAGAAAGCAAAAUCUUUUUGUACAGGUGGAAAGAUAUUAGUUUUUCAAGUUAUCUGUUUGUUUUUAUUGGAAUUUCAAAAGAUGUUCUUUGGUCUAAAUCAAACAAUUAAAAACAUCUGGACUUGAAUAAUAAAGCCGUGUGAAAAGAAGUUUGGGUAUUUGAUAUGUAGAUUUUGUUUUGAAUAUGGUUUUUUUCCCUGUGCAGUUGAAAUUUCUUGUAGUUUUGAAAACAUUUUUCUAAAACAUAAGACCAAACAGAAGGUACAUGUAUUCACUACACACGUCGAGUAGGAUUUCCUGGAAUAUGUAGGUUCUGUAAUCUAAGUUACCUAGUAACCAAACUAUAGUGCUAUUUACUGGAGCUGCGUUAGUCUGGACACUUCAGAUUUUUGAAGUUACAGGUUUAUAAUUUUCAGAAGGGGGUGGUGAUUUUUUUUAUUCUUCAAAACUUGAACACAUGUCAGAUAAAGGAAGAACCCAGAUGAAUGCAGUCCCUACGGAUAUAAAUAUAAAAUCCAUCUUUCAACUUCCUAAUGGAUAUAAAUAUAAAAUCCAUCCAUCAACUUCCUAACGGAUAUAAAUAAUAUCUAAAAUCCAUCUUAUCAAUUUCCUAACGGAUAUAAAUAAUAUCUAAAAUCCAUCUAUCAACUUCCUAACAAGUGUAGUGUUUCAACAAGAUGGCUUCAUGUCGUUGCUUUUAGAAUUCAGUCACUUAACAAUGAUAGUUAUUUGUAGUUAAUAAAUGGCAGCUACCUUUUUUUUAUCUACUGUUAAUAAAUUACCGUCUUCCAAAGUUUGUGCAAAACAUAUCAAUACAUGUAUAAUAAUAUAUCUUUUCACAUAAUCAUAAAAGAUCAACAUCAUGCCACAAGUUACAUUAAUUAUUGCACGGGAGAGUGGAAAAAACACGAAUGGUAAAGAUUUCUGAUUUAAACAACACCUGUGAUAUGAGAUUGAGAGCUGAUUACAUUGGCAUGUUAAAGACAAUUAUAUGGUCUAGGUGGUGUGACUGUUGAUCUAUAAUUACACACAGGUGUACUCAAAUCAGGUGUGCAUUUUGUUCAAUGGUUUGUUUUAAUGUACACUGUACCCUAUUUUGGUUGAAAAUUAAACAAACUAUAGUCCACUUCUGGUUUCUUGAGAAUGUUACAGAAAAUUAGGCCGAUAUUUUCAAAAAUAAGCCCUAGUUUUGGCGUUUUAAGUACAAUACUGAAUUUAUACAGGAUUUCAAUGUUCUUGUUGGAAGUAAAAUUGUUUGUCCCAUUUGUGAAAUUGUUUCCGUGAUGUAAUAAUUUCAGGUGGAUGUUGAAAUCAUAUUACAGAGUCUUUUUUAUCUUGAUGUAAUAUGGUUUUGUUACAUUGUGAAAGCAUAUCAUUAGAAAUCCAUUUUUACCGUUUAUUGUUUUUUUUUAUGAUAGCUAUUCUGCAGUUUGGUUGUGUUCAAUUAAUUGUACAUUUUGUACCAUAUACUGUAUACAUGUAUUCUAGUAUUUGUAUACAGUGUGCAUAUAAUAUCC